CAUCUUUGUUGGGGGCAGCCGGGCCUAGCGGCCGAGAUGCCCAAGUCGUGCGCUGCCCGGCUGUGCUGUAACCGUUACGGAAACCGUAGGAAGCAGCUCACCUUCCACCGGUUCCCGUUCAGCCGCCCUGAGCUGCUAAAGGAAUGGGUGCUCAACAUCGGCCGGGCCAACUUCAAGCCCAAAAAGCACACGGUCAUCUGCUCCGAGCACUUCAGCCCGGAGUGCUUCAGCGCCUUUGGGAACCGCAAGAACCUGAAACACAACGCCGUGCCCACGGUGUUUGCCUUCCAGGACCCCACGCAGGCCUCUGUGUUGCAGCUGGUGAGGGAGAACACAGACCCUGGGGGCGAGAGCAGGGAGCCCAGCCUUCAGAAGGGAAAGGUCCCCCCUGAGGCCGGGUCCGCGGAGCACGGCGCCGGGAGGCACACGGGCACCGCGCUGGAGGAGCUGCAGCUGCCCCCGAACGCCGAGGGCCCCCGGAGCCCGGUCUGGCCGCAGAGACUGGACGCGCCGGAGGGCCCCGGCCGACCGGCCAGCCCCGCGGGGCUGAGGCCUCUCCCCCGGCAGCCCUCUGACCACAGCUACGCCCUCUUGGACCUAGAUGCCCUGAAAAACAAACUCUUCCUCACCCUGAAGGAAAACGAGAAGCUGCGGAGGCGCCUGAAGGCCCAGCGGCUGGUGAUGCGGCGCAUGCGCAGCCGGCUGCGUGCGCACAGGGCGCAGCGGCGGGGACCGCAGGCCGGAGCGCGGCCGGAGCCGCGGAGCUGAGCCCACGGGGCUCAGGCCAGGCCUGGCCGUUCCGUCUGCUGCUGCGAGGGCAGCGCCGCGACACGCCCGCAGGCUGCCUGCCGAGGAGCCCACGCACCGUCCCCGGGCCGCAGCUGUCGGGUAGGGGCGAGGACAGGGCCAAGGCUGGCUUCUGUACCGCCAUCCUCUGGCUCCCGCUGCUUGGGCGGUGGACCCAGGGCCCGGGUUUUACAGGUUCUCCCUGAGGGCCAGCGACGCACUGCGCUCUGGACUCCCCAUGGCCGGUCCCCUCGGGUGCUCGGGUGGGUGGCCAGCGUGGACGGCCGAGAGCUGGCCCCACUCCUUUUGUUUUUUAAGACCGAUCCAUUUAUUGACUUGACAGGCAGAGCAGCAGAGCGCACGUCCACGCACUGGUUCAUUCCCCAAAUGGUUCCAACGGCCUGGAAUUCCAUCCGGGUCUCCCAUGUGGGUGCUGCUGCUUUCCCAGCUGGGACUGCACCCAUAGGGACGCAGGCGGCGGCUUAACCUGCCGGGCCGCAGCGCCGGGCCCAGGCAGCCCAGUUCUGCAGGCGGCACGGUAAGGCGUCAGCCUGCGCUGUAGCUCCCCCCCGCCUGUCCCAUGGCUGCCGACGCGACACGGGCCUCGAGCCCUUUGACUGCUGUGCAAGGACGGAGACUGGAGUGAAUUAAAGAAAAAAACUGCAGUGCGAUCCAUUCUUAGCUUCUCGGGCAAGUGUCGGAGAGAGGCGAACUGCAGCCUCGGGGAGGCAGCCUGGCUUCAAGCGUGGCUUACGGCGCCCAGGGCCAGCCACGGGGCGAGCGGCCACCAGCAGGUGUGACUUACAGUGUCCAGGGCCAGCCACGGGGUGAGUGGCCACCAGCAGGCAUGGCUUAUGGCGCCCAGGGCCAGCCACGGGGCGAGCGGCCACCAGCUGGCGUGGCUCACGGUGUCCAGGGCCAGCCACGGGGUGAGUGGCCACCAGCAGGUGUGACUUACAGUGUCCAGGGCCAGCCACGGGGCGAGCGGCCACCAGCAGGUGUGACUUACAGUGUCCAGGGCCAGCCAUGGGGUGA